AUGUACAAAGCCAAUCCACUCAAACACCGCCAUCAUCACCAUCAUCAUUAUCAUCAUCAACAUCAGCAUGAACACAUGAACAUCAGCAACGCAUUCCAUCAACAAAUCAGCCAAGUUUAUGUAUAGAACGAGAUGCGUGUGUGUGCGUGUGUGUUAUAUAAUCAUUUUUUUUUUCUUGCUUCUAGUCUUAAGAACUUAACUAACAUAUAUGUACAUCAUAUAUAGAAUAUAUAUAUAUAUACAUAUAUUAACUAAGACUUUUUUUUUAAAUGUUAACCUAGUUUGUACCGCGCACACACCCACACACAAAGCAAAAACAGGGGUUUAUAAGCACCCUUUUACGGCUAAGUUUCGCUUAGAAAAAAACUAUAUAUAAACAUACAUUGAUAUGGUAGGCUUAAGCAAAUAGGAAAGUACGUCUUAAUAUAUUACACGACAAUUUUCAAGCAAAAGUUUACGACGCACCAAAGCAAGCGACAGAAAACGCAAGGGAAACCGCUCAGUUAGAGUUAGAAAUAACCAUCAGGAUUUUCAAAGUAUUUCACAAAACGUGCAUGACACUCUCAAAUACACACACACACACACAAAGCGAUAGAUGUUUAGACUUUAUUUUUGUUGUAUUAAGCCUUGGUCUUCACAAAAUUCUAAACACAGUAUCAAACUUCAUUUUGAUAGAACACCAAUCCCCAAAACUUGAAGAUUAGAAAUCUUGAAACCGAAAGCUUCAUUUUUUCUUAUAUGUUUGGAAUUCUUAAAGUAAAUUUGAGGUAACGCAAAUGCGUCAAACAAGCAAAACUGUUAAAGAAAUCCAAACUGUACACUUGCACGAACAAAAUAUUUUGAAAAUUGCCUAAAAAAGAACAACAGCCGAUUUUAUGUUGAAUUAUAAUUAUAAACAUUUAGCUGCAGACUACAUUUCUGGUUAUUUUCGAGACGGUCGGCCUUGUGUCGAAAAAACGCGAAAAGGUUAAACCUGGCUUAAAUCUCGGCCUUAUAAUGAAUUUACAUGAAAUUAAUUUGCGUUCCAACUAUGUUUCUCUUUUUGAUCGAGCUUUAAGUUUGCAUGACUCAACAUAAAAAUCAAUUAAAUUAUAAAAUUAAAUUCUUUUCCCAAAAGAAAACAAUAUUUUAAUAGGAAAAUAAUGUUUGGUUUACAUGUCAGUCCCAAUAAUCAAUUUAUUUCUUUUUUAGUUAUUUUUCGACUUUUGGUUUGCCCUCUAAUACGUUUCCAAAAUAAAGAAUCCAAUUUUAUACUACUGAAAGCAAAACCUGCAGCAUCAAAUUCCAACUCCUAUUCAUGAGUAAGAAAUAUCAUUGAAAAAUUCUUAACGAAUUCCUUUUUGUAGAGGAAUAAAAGAAAAAAAGGGAUUGUGUGUUGCCAAAUGUUACAACAAAUAAAAUACUCAUUUUGAAUUUAUUCACAUUUAGUUUCGACCCAUCGUUUUUUAUAUAAACAGACAGUUCCUUGGAUAGUUAUUUUUGAAAUUGAGUGAAGUGCUAAAUAUAUAACCAACGAAUCUGUAAUCGGCCCUGACUUCUCAUCUGAACUUAACUUAAUGGGCCAGGAAGACCAAGGUCAAUAGAGGAUCCAUACUUAGACACGUAUUUAUAUAGAUUGAGAUUCAUUCAUAUAGCUAAUAUAACGAUUUACACAUAAUCUGUACAUUAGUUGUAUUUCACACUUGUAUCUUACACCCACACGUAUGCGCACACAACUUCAACAUAUAUAGACACAACUGAUAACGGCGGCAUUAUAUGUAAAACUAGCUUAAGCGACAUCUAAAAUGUAACUGGAAAUGUAGUCUAAAACGUACAAAAUAAAUUAAAACAAAUGCAGAAUCAUA